UGAGUUUGAACCACCGACCUUUUGGCUAGUAAUUGAGUGCUUAACCAUUUGCCCAUUUUUGUUUUAGAGUGUUUGUAUUUUCUUUUUGAUUUAUAGGAAAUCUUGAUGUUUUAGGAAAUAAGCACUUCAUGAAUGAGUGAGUUGCAAAUAUUUUUUCCCAGUUUGCCAUUUCUCUUUUGUAAUCUAAUCUCAGAAUCUUUUCAUAAAGUUUGUUAAUUUAAUUUAUAUAAUCUAAUUUAUGAAUUUUUAAUGACAUCUGAAUGUUUAUUCCAUGCAUAGAAACCAAGGUACCCAUUUCCAUGUUUUCUUCUAGUAUUUUCAUGGUUCCAUUUUUGUUAUUAACGUCUUUGAUCCAUUUGAAAUUUAUCUUGGUUUAAGAAACUAGUUAUGGGUCUAUUUUUUUCCAGAUAAUCAGUUUAUUUAUUUUAUAGUCCAUCUUUUCACCGUUUUGAAAUACUGAAUUCCUACAUAUGUUUAGAUCUAUUGUUAGACUUUGUGCUUUGUACUAUUUGUCUGGUUUCUCAUGUCCCACUAUGACAGUGUUUUGACACAUGAAAUUUUAUAAUGCUUCAAUAUUUGGUAGUGUUAGUCUUUCCCUGUUUUUCUUCUCUUUCAGAUCUUUUCUGUCUUUGCUUUUUGUUUAUUUUUUUCUGUAUUAACUGUAGAACCACCUUGUCUAACUCUAAAAUGUUGGAAUUUUUAUUGAGACCACAUUAAUUUCAUAAAUUAAUAUAAGGAGAGUUCACAUAUUUGUAAUAUUGAGUUUUCUUUUCAAGAACAUGGCAUAUAAUGAAUUUGAAUUAGUUGCCAACAUUUAAAAAUCAGGAAAAUUCUCAUAAAAAUUUGGAUUUCCAGCUCCUCUUUGAAAAUUAGAACCAACAAUCCACUGAAGGUGACUAUUGGCUGCCCCCUUUAGGUGAGCCUUGUAUUUUCUAGCUAGCCACAGUUCUCUCUUGGUCACUUCCCUCAUGUAUGUUACCUGCCUGGUCUCUGUAGAAUUUGCAACCCAGAUGUACUUGAGAGAGUUGGUUAUCUGUGCUAAAAACAGGACUUCAUAGUUAGAACUAAUCAGAUCUGAUCCAUUGUAUCAUCCUCUUCUGAUUGUUUUGUAUCUUGGUUCUGUUAAUUAUUCUUUUGUCUUUCCAAUUUAAAAUCACCUGUUAAGCAAACUUUCUAUACCUUCAUUUAAGUCUGAUAUUGAACAGGACAGGCUGAGGACAGAAAUUCUGCAUUACACCACUAGAGAGUUAAUUACAGUGAAACCUGUGAGAGCAGAAGUCAAUGGGACUGCCACGUCUUUCUGGGUCUUUCAGGUUUUCAGCCCUUGAUAGGGUAUAGUCUAACCAGUUUUCUAUCACUCAUUUUAGUGGAAAAUAUUUGAGUUUUCCUUCUCUGACAGGUUUCCACCUUACCCAGGUUCUGGCUUUUGCAGGUUUUACUGUAGUGCUACUUGGAUAUGGCAAUUCAACUAGUUACUAGUAUAUUGUCACAUAACUUUAUUAGCAUUAAGCUAGUAAACCUUGUCAAAUACUGAACUAUCUACUAGUCGUAUACUUAGAAACCUUGUAGGAACCCUCAGGAGAUGAGUAAUUUUGGGCCAAUAGCUGAGACUUUAAACAUUUAACCUUUUAUUUUGGCCACUUUGAGUAUAAUUUUUCACAUUUGAAUAAACUGGCAAUAUUUAGCCUGUAGCGUGGUAUAAAGAAGCUUUAGGGGAAACAUAAGUCUUCAAGAAUUUAAAUGUUUGUGUAAAAAAGAGGAAUGUAUUUUUUUUUUAAGAAACGAUCUCAAAGGGGACACUUACAAAGCCAGGGGGGAAAUUAACUUGAUGUAAAGAAGAACUUUCUAACAGGUAUUCAAGUAUAGUUUGAAUGUAUUUAUAGGAGCUAUUUCUAGAAUUUUGGAAACCCCGGUGGCGUAGUGGUUAAGCGCUAUGGCUGCUAACCAAAAAGUCAGUGGUUCGAAUCCACCAGGCGCUCCUUGGAAACCAUAUGGCACAAUUCUGCUCUGUCCUGUAGGGUUGCUAUGAGUUGGAAUCGACUCAAUGGCACUGGGUUAUUUCUAGAAUUUAACGGACCAAUCUUUAAAAAAAACAAAGAAAUGGUGAGCUGACUUAAGUUUUCCAGCUUUUUAUUUUGCUUUGUAUAUAGAGAUAUUAUUUAAAAUGACUAAUACCCCUAUCAUUAUCAUUUUAUUAAAAAAAUGUUUCUGGGGUACAAUUUUAGUAUUGUUCACUGUCAUUGGAAGUGUUGCUAUUGGCUACCUAAAAAAUAUUUUAAAUGUUAAUAGCCACCAGUGAGAAUAAUUUCACCAUAGUAAAUAAUGUUAGUCAACUGUUAAGCCAGAAAGGAAAUUUGAAUCAGUGAAAUAGCUCCUCAUUGUCUCUAGGAUAAAGUCUGGAUUUCUUAACAUGACUGGUAGACACCCUGAGAUCUGGCCCUGCUUACACCUCUAGACUUCUCUCUCUAGUCUCUCUGGCUACUUGGCAAUACUACACUAUUGAGUAGUUUCUGAAAUGCCAUGUCCCGCUUUAUCUCUGGGCAUUUCUACACUGUUCCCACUGUACUCUUGCCAGUUUUAGGUACAAUGGAAGGCAGUAAGCAAUUGUAAAAGCACCAUUUAGUACUCUAACAGGUGUUACAGCUUACUGGUGGAGACAGUAUUUUGCUUUUAUUUAGCACUUUAUAAUUCACCUUUGAAGUAGACAGUACUGUAGUGAGUAGAUCAGGUUUUUGUUGUUAUUUUCUUUAAUGUACUAAAACAAAAGUUAUAUGAUGAUCUCAAGGUCACACAGUUAGAAGGUGGUCGAGCCAAGGCUCAGGUCUAGUUUUUUGUUUGUUUGUUUGUUUUAUUUAAAUUUAAUGUAGUCUUUCAUUCAUUUAACAAAAUUUAUUGUGCCUAUUACUUUCCAUUGCUUUAUUUUCCCCUUUUCUGCUUUUGUAUGUCCUCAAUGGCCAUACUGUUCCUUAAACACAUACUUCCUUGCUUCCAUUCCUUUACUUCUUCUGAAUCUUUUUCCUGGACUUCCCUUUCCAGCCCCUUUAUGAGGACCACCUGAAGUACUGCUGUUGGAAUACUUUUCUGAAUAACUUGCUGAGGAUGCACUCUUCCCUUUGUAAAUCACCUUAUAGAUGAACUUGUGUCUCUCUUGGACCACAUUUACUAUACUUUGUUCUGUAUAAUGUGAUUUUCUUAUGCCUCUCUUCCCUUUAGAUUCCUCAUCAUCUUGCAGGCAGGGACUUUUGUAGUCCCUGCACACGUGCUUUGGAUGUAAUGGACUGUCCAUAAAUAUUUGCUCAAUUAAGUAAAUUUUGACACUUCAUGACAUGUCAUUAUCUAGAGCAAUAAUGAACAUUGGCCUGUUUUGGAUUAGUUGAUGACCUUCGGAAAUGAUCCAGUAUCUGCUGCAGAGAAGCUGAAUAUACUCCAUUUGGAGUGAACAGCCCAGAUUGUUAACUGAAGUUUCAAGAUGACAGAUCCAAUGAUGGACUUUUUUGAUGACGCCAAUCUUUUUGGUGAGACCUUAGAAGGUUUGUCAGAUGAUGCAUUUGUACAACCAGGACCUGUUUCACUAGUUGAUGAAUUGAACUUGGGUGCAGAAUUUGAACCUUUGCACAUAGACUCACUGAACCAUGUUCAGGGUACUCCAACACAUCAGAAGAUGACUGAUUUUGAACAGUUAAAUCAGUUUGAUUCACUGAAAUUUCAUCAGGUUAAUCAGUCUUUCGGUAGCCCAGCUGAACACGUGUUAUCUCCACACUCUCAGUUUAAUUGCUCUCCGAUCCACCCCCAAAACCAAUCCAAUGGUUUGUUUCCGGAUGUAGCAGAUGGCAGUCCAAUGUGGGGCCAUCACACAGCCACUAGCAUUUCAAAUCUAAAUGGGUCACCGUUUCACCAACAAGGACAUUCACACUCUAUGCAUCAAAAUAAAAGCUUUGUGGCACACCAUGACUUUGCCUUAUUUCAGGCCAAUGAACAACAAACACAGUGUACGUCACUACGCUUACAACAAAACAGAAAUAAUCUUAACCCAGGGCAAAAUUCUCUUAGCCAGUCUAAAAAUUUUAUGGAUGUUAGUGUUUCUGGUCCACAUAGAGUCAGUGUUAACCACCCACCACAAAUUACUAAUGCAUCUACUUCACAACAGUCUCUUUCGAUGCAGCAAUUUUCUCAAACGUCAAAUCCUUCAAUCCACUUCCUCAAGUGUAGCAAUCAUCAAGAAGGAAAUUUUAAUGGACCUUCUCCAAAUAUGACUUCUUGUUCUGUUAGUAAUUCACAGCAGUUUUCUUCACAUUAUUCCUUUUCCAGUAAUCAUUUAUCAUCAAACAGUCUUCUUCAGUCCUCUGCAGUUCUUGCUUCUAAUCAUACAAAUCAGACUUUAUCUGAUUUUACUGGAAAUAAUUCUUUUUCACCUCAAAGGGGAAUCAAGCAAGAAUCCACUCAGCAUAUCCUAAACCCCAAUACAUCGUUGAAUUCUAAUAAUUUCCAAAUGUUACAUUCGUCACAUCCUCAGGGUAAUUAUAGCAGUUCAAAGUUAUCUCCUGUGCACAUGAACUUCCCAGAUCCUGUUGACUCAGGAACUCAAAUGGGCCAUUUCAAUGAUCGUGUAGAAACUAAUGGCUUUUCAUCUUUAGAAGAGAAUUUACUUCAUCAAGUGGAGUCUCAAACCGAGCCGUUCACAGGACUUGACCCAGAGGACCUUCUUCAGGAGGGUCUGCUUCCCCAAUAUGAUGAGUCAACAUUUGGGCAAGAUAGUUCAAGUCAUGUCUUAGAUCAUCACCUUGAUCAGCAGUUUACUUCACAUCUUGUAACACGGCCUUCGGAUAUGGCUCAAGCUCAGUUGCAAAGUCAUGCUCAGAGCUGGCAUUCAUCACUUUCUAAUCAUCAGCACUUACAUGACAGAAAUCACCUGUGUUUACAGCGACAGCCUCCAUCUUCCAAGAAGAGUGAUGGUUCUGGGACAUAUACUAAGUUGCAGAAUACCCAGGUGAGGGUCAUGUCUGAGAAGAAGCAGAGAAAAAAGAUGGAAUCAGAAAGCAAGCAAGAAAAGGCUAAUCGUAUAAUAUCAGAGGCCAUAGCAAAAGCAAAGGAGCGUGGGGAACGCAAUAUUCCACGAGUAAUGAGCCCUGAAAACUUUCCUAGUGCUUCAGUUGAAGGAAAAGAAGAAAAGAAAGGCAGAAGGAUAAAAUCCAAGCCGAAGGACAAAGAGAGCAAAAAAACAAAAGCUUGUUCCAAAUUAAAAGAGAAGACAAAAAUUGGCAAACUCAUUAUUACAUUGGGUAAGAAACAAAAAAGAAAGAAUGAGUCUUCAGAUGAAAUAUCUGAUACGGAGCAGAUGCCACAGCAUGCGCUGAAAGAUGAGGACUCUCAAAAAAGAAGAUCAAAUCGACAAAUUAAAAGAAAAAAAUAUGUAGAAGAAGCAGAAGGGAAACAAUGUGAAGAAGCAGUUAAAGGUUCUAUGAAAAUAAAAAAGAAUUCAGCUCCUUUACCUGGUGAACAGCCCUUACAAUUAUUUGUGGAGAACCCCAGUGAAGAAGAUGCUGCAAUUGUGGACAAAAUAUUGUCUUCUAGAAUUGUGAAAAAGGAAAUAUCCCCUGGAGUGAUGAUUGAUACAGAAGAAUUUUUUGUAAAAUACAAGAAUUACUCCUAUCUUCACUGUGAAUGGGCUACAGAAGAGCAGCUUUUGAAAGAUAAAAGGAUCCAGCAGAAAAUCAAACGAUUUAAAUUGAGACAAGCACAAAGAGCACAUUUUUUCUCAGACAUGGAAGAAGAACCAUUUAACCCAGACUAUGUUGAAGUAGACAGAGUACUGGAAGUUUCAUUUUGUGAAGAUAAGGAUACUGGUGAGCCCGUUAUUUACUACUUAGUAAAGUGGUGCUCAUUGCCAUAUGAAGAUAGUACCUGGGAACUAAAAGAAGAUGUAGAUCUUGCAAAAAUAGAAGAGUUUGAACAAUUGCAAGCUUCAAGGCCUGACACAAGACGCUUGGACCGUCCCCCUUCUAAUAUUUGGAAAAAAAUAGAUCAAUCCAGGGACUACAAAAAUGGCAACCAACUCAGGGAGUAUCAACUAGAAGGACUCAACUGGCUCUUGUUCAAUUGGUACAAUAGACGAAACUGCAUUUUAGCAGAUGAAAUGGGUCUUGGCAAAACCAUUCAGUCAAUUACAUUCCUCUACGAAAUCCUUCUGACUGGUAUACGAGGACCUUUCCUGAUUAUCGCUCCACUUUCUACUAUCGCAAACUGGGAGAGAGAGUUUCGUACAUGGACUGAUAUUAAUGUGGUGGUUUAUCAUGGGAGCCUGAUUAGCAGACAAAUGAUACAGCAGUAUGAGAUGUACUUCAGGGACUCACAGGGGCGUAUCAUUCGAGGAGCUUACAGAUUCCAAGCCAUCAUCACUACUUUUGAAAUGAUUCUUGGAGGCUGUGGAGAACUUAAUGCAAUUGAAUGGCGAUGUGUGAUUAUUGAUGAAGCACAUAGGUUAAAAAAUAAAAAUUGUAAACUCCUGGAAGGUCUGAAACUCAUGAAUCUGGAACACAAGGUGCUUUUGACUGGCACGCCCCUCCAAAAUACAGUUGAAGAACUAUUCAGUCUUCUUCAUUUUCUUGAACCCUUAAGGUUUCCCUCUGAAUCAACAUUUAUGCAAGAAUUUGGGGAUCUGAAAACAGAAGAACAGGUACAGAAACUUCAGGCUAUCCUAAAACCAAUGAUGCUGAGACGAUUGAAAGAAGAUGUGGAGAAGAAGUUGGCACCUAAGGAAGAAACCAUCAUUGAAGUAGAACUUACAAACAUUCAAAAGAAAUACUACCGGGCUAUUUUGGAGAAGAACUUUUCAUUUUUAUCCAAAGGAGCAGGACAAACUAAUGUACCUAACUUGGUUAAUACUAUGAUGGAGCUCAGGAAGUGCUGUAAUCAUCCAUACCUUAUUAAAGGUGCUGAGGAGAAAAUACUUGGAGAAUUUAGAGAUACAUAUAAUCCAGCUGCUUCUGAUUUUCAUCUUCAAGCAAUGAUCCAGUCUGCUGGUAAAUUGGUCCUUAUCGAUAAGUUGCUUCCCAAAAUGAAAGCAGGAGGUCAUAAAGUGCUCAUCUUCUCUCAGAUGGUACGGUGCCUUGACAUCCUGGAGGACUAUCUUAUACAUAAAAGGUAUUUAUAUGAGCGAAUUGAUGGAAGAGUCAGAGGGAAUCUACGACAAGCUGCUAUAGAUCGAUUUAGUAAACCUGAUUCAGAUCGAUUUGUUUUUCUUCUGUGUACCCGAGCUGGUGGAUUAGGCAUCAAUUUAACUGCAGCUGAUACAUGUAUAAUUUUUGAUUCUGAUUGGAAUCCUCAAAAUGAUCUUCAGGCCCAAGCUCGUUGCCACAGAAUUGGUCAGAACAAAGCAGUUAAAGUCUACCGACUAGUAACUCGUAACUCAUAUGAAAGAGAGAUGUUUGACCGAGCCAGCCUGAAACUGGGUCUAGAUAAGGCUGUGUUACAGAGCAUGAGUGGAAGAGAAAGUAGUGUUGGUGGUAUUCAACAGCUUUCUAAAAAAGAAAUAGAAGACCUGCUUCGGAGAGGUGCAUAUGGUGCUAUUAUGGAGGAAGAAGAUGAAGGCUCUAAAUUCUGUGAAGAGGAUAUUGAUCAGAUUUUACAACGUCGUACAAAAACUAUUACAAUUGAAUCAGAAGGACGUGGGUCAACAUUUGCCAAGGCAAGUUUUGUGGCCUCUGGGAACCGGACAGAUAUUUCCUUAGAUGAUCCCAACUUCUGGCAGAAAUGGGCUAAAAAGGCAGAAAUAGAUAUAGAUGCCAUCAGUGGCAGAAACAGCUUGGUUAUUGACACUCCAAGAAUUAGGAAGCAAACAAGACCCUUUAGUGCCACAAAAGAUGAAUUGGCUGAGUUAUCUGAAGCUGAAAGUGAAGGAGAUGAAAAGCCCAAACUCCGGAGACCGUGUGAUCGUUCCAAUGGCUAUGGAAGAACUGAAUGCUUUAGAGUAGAGAAGAAUCUGCUAGUUUAUGGGUGGGGCCGAUGGAGAGAGAUUCUCUCUCAUGGCCGUUUUAAAAGGCAACUGAAUGAGCAUGAUGUUGAGAUAAUUUGCCGAGCCCUUUUAGCAUAUUGCCUUGUUCACUACCGAGGAGAUGAGAAAAUUAAAGGGUUCAUAUGGGAUCUCAUUACGCCAACUGAAGAUGGGCAAACAAGGGAGCUGCAAAAUCAUCUAGGCCUGUCAGCUCCGGUACCCAGAGGUCGUAAAGGGAAGAAAGUAAAGACUCAAACAAGCUCAUUUGAUAUACAGAAAGCAGAAUGGCUUCGAAAAUAUAAUCCUGAACAGCUACUUCAAGAUGAAGGCUAUAAAAAACAUAUAAAACACCACUGUAAUAAGGUUUUGCUUCGUGUGAGAAUGCUGUAUUAUCUAAAGCAAGAAGUCAUUGGAAAUGAGUGUCAGAAAGUAUUUGAUGGUGUUGAUGCAAGUGACAUUGAUGUUUGGGUCCCAGAGCCAGACCACUCAGAAGUUCCUGCUGAGUGGUGGGAUUUUGAUGCUGAUAAGUCACUCCUUAUUGGAGUCUUUAAACAUGGUUAUGAAAAAUAUAACACUAUUCGAGCAGACCCAGCAUUAUGCUUCUUGGAAAGAGUGGGGAAACCUGAUGAAAAAGCAGUUGCCGCUGAACAGAGAGCAAAUGAUUAUAUGGAUGGCGAUGUGGAAGAUCCGGAAUACAAACCUGCCCCAGCUAUCUUUAAAGAUGACAUAGAGGAUGAUGUUUCUUCACCAGGAGAUCUUGUUAUAGCAGAUGGAGAUGGUCAACUGAUGGAGGGUGAUAAAGUUUAUUGGCCUACUCAGUCAGCUUUAACCACACGGCUGAGGCGUCUCAUCACUGCCUAUCAGCGUACCAAUAAAAACAGACAGAUCCAGCAGAUGCCACCAGUUUUCCCAGUGCCUGCCAGUGUCAUGCAGCCUCUUUAUGAAGAAGCCACUCUUAACCCUAAAAUGGCAGCCAAAAUAGAAAGACAGCAGAGAUGGACAAGGAGAGAAGAAGCUGACUUUUAUAGAGUUGUAUCUACAUUCGGAGUGGUAUUUGAUCCUGACAGAGGCCAGUUUGAUUGGACAAAAUUUAGAGCUAUGGCUAGGCUACAUAAGAAAACUGAUGAUAGUUUGGAGAAAUACUUGUAUGCAUUCAUGUCUAUGUGUCGGAGGGUUUGCCGUCUUCCUUCCAAAGAAGAAUUUGUGGAUACAAAUAUUUUUAUCCAGCCAAUCACGGAAGAACGUGCUUCUAGGACUUUGUAUCGCAUUGAACUUCUAAGGAAAGUACGGGAACAGGCUCUCCGACAUCCACAGUUAUUUGAACGCUUAAAACUUUGCCAUCCAAAUCCAGACUUACCCAUCUGGUGGGAAUGCGGCCCUCAUGAUAGGGAUUUGCUUAUUGGAGCUGCUAAACACGGAGUGAGCCGAACAGACUAUCACAUUCUUCGUGAUCCUGAACUCUCAUUUAUGGCAGCUCAAAGGAACUACAGUCAAAGUAAGAUGGCUCAUUCCAGGACUUCUACCCCACUUUUACAGCAAUAUCAAGUAGCACUUUCUGCUUCUCCUCUUACCUCUCUGCCUAGGCUCCUAGAUGCUAAAGGUAUAAUUCUAGAGGAUAUGAAAGUUAAAAGUGAAAACCUUAAAGAGGAGCCUCAGUCUUCUGAAGAAGAAUCUGUGUCUUCUGAGGAAACCAGGACACUAGUAAAGUCUGAGCCUGUCAGUCCAAAGAAUGGUGUUUUACCACAGGCUACUGGAGAUCAGAAAUCUGGUGGAAAAGGAGAAACAGACAGACGCAUGGUUGCAGCCAGAACAGAACCCCUAACUCCAAACCCAGCUUCUAAGAAACAGCGAGUCCACAAAAGAGGGUCAGAAUCUAGUUCUGAUUCUGACUCUGAUUCUGAGAGGUCAUCUUGUUCUUCCAGAUCAUCUUCCUCCUCUUCUUCCUCCUCCUCUUCCUGUUCCCACUCUCGAUCAGGCUCUAGUUCUUCUUCAUCCUCAUCUUGUUCUUCGGCAUCGUCUUCUUCCUCCUCUUCUUCUUCCUCCUCAUCAUCCUCUUCAUCUUCGUCCGAAGAGAGUGACAGUGAAGAAGAGGAAGUCCAAAAGCGAGCAGAAGGUACCCCUCACAUGAAAGCCUAUGAUGAAGAAAGUGUUGCAUCACUGAGCACUACCCAGGAUGAGACUCAGGAUAGUUUCCAGAUGAACAACGGAACACCAGAGUCUGCUUACAUCUUACAAGGUGGCUAUAUGCUGGCAGCAUCGUAUUGGCCAAAGGAUCGUGUGAUGAUCAACCGGUUGGACAGUAUUUGUCAAACAGUUUUGAAAGGGAAGUGGCCUUCAGCUAGAAGAAGUUGUGAUACUAAUACAGUGGCCUCUUUCUAUACCACAAAACUGCUGGACAGCCCUGGAGCAGCUACAGAAUAUAGUGAGCCCAGUGCACCCACUCCCCCAGGUGCAGGUGUUAAAGAAGAACAUGAUCAGUCACCACAGAUGUUAAAGGUGAAGAAGCAUGUACGAGAAAAGGAGUUUACAGUGAAAAUCAAAGACGAAGGUGGUUUGAAAUUGACAUUUCAGAAGCAAGGACUUGCUCAGAAGAGACCGUUUGAUAGUGAAGAUGGUGCUCUGGGGCAGCAGCAGUACCUCACUCGCCUUCGGGAGCUUCAAAGCGCAUCAGAGACCAGCCUCAUCAAUUUUCCAAAAUGUACACCAGUAUCAGGUACUUCCAUUCAGUCAACUCUUGGUGCCAAUGGAGUGAUAUUAGACAACCAGCCUAUAGUUAAAAAAAGACGAGGAAGGAGGAGGAAUGUAGAAGGUGUUGACAUCCUCUUUUUUAAUAGAAACAAACCACCUAAUCAUGUUACUAUAGGCAUAACCACCUCACAGAUUUCUGCAGGGAUAAAUCCAGCACUUUCUUAUACUCAACCUCAAGGAAUACCUGAUAUGGAAAGUCCAGUUCCAGUUAUUAACCUUAAAGAUGGGACGAGACUUGCAGGGGAUGAUGCACCGAAGAGGAAAGAUUUGGAAAAAUGGCUUAAGGAGCACCCAGGUUAUGUGGAAGAUUUAGGAGCGUUUAUUCCUAGAAUGCAGCUUCAUGAGGGGAGGCCAAAACAAAAAAGACACCGUUGCAGAAACCCCAAUAAAUUAGAUGUUAAUAGUCUCACUGGAGAAGAACGUGUUCAGCUGAUUAACAGAAGAAAUGCUAGGAAGGUUGGAGGUGCGUUUGCUCCCCCAUUGAAAGAUUUAUGUAGAUUCCUGAAGGAAAAUUCAGAGUAUGGAGUAGCUCCUGAAUGGGGAGAGGUUGUGAAGCAAUCUGGAUUUCUUCCAGAAAGUAUGUAUGAACGUAUUCUCACUGGUCCUGUUGUAAGAGAGGAAGUAAGCAGGCGAGGGAGACGGCCUAAAAGUGGGAUUUCGAAGGCUGCUGCGGCAGCGGCAGCAGCAGCUGCAAACGCCACAAGUGUUUCAGGCAGUCCUUUGUUAGCCAAUGGAUUACUUCCAGGUGUGGAUCUGACGACUCUUCAGGCCUUACAACAAAACCUACAAAAUUUGCAGUCACUGCAGGUAACUGCAGGGCUGAUGGGAAUGCCUGCUAGCCUGUCUUCUGGAGGAGAAGCUAAAAACAUGGCCGCCAUGUUCCCCAUGCUGCUGUCAGGAAUGGCUGGAUUACCAAAUCUGUUGGGCAUGGGAGGACUCCUGACAAAGCCUACAGAAUCUGGGACAGAAGAGAAAAAGGGAAAUGACUCUAAGGAGCUAGAAGGAAAAAAAGAAAGGACAGAGAGCCAAAAUUCAGAGAAUGGUGGAGAAAACUCUGUGUCAGGUUCUCCUUCAACGUCCUCUUCUGCUGCAUUAAAUACAGCUGCAGCUGCCAACCCGUUAGCUCUUAACCCACUAUUACUAUCGAAUAUACUUUAUCCAGGGAUGCUUCUCACUCCAGGCCUUAAUCUUCAUAUUCCAACUUUGUCCCAGUCCAAUACUUUUGAUGUACAGAAAAACAAAAACAGUGACUUAGGCUCAUCUAAGUCUGUAGAAGUAAAGGAAGAAGAUUCCAGAGUCAGAGAUCAGGAGGACAAAGGGGGAACUGAGCCAAGUCCUGUCAAUGAAAACAGCACAGAUGAGGGUUCAGAAAAAGCCGAUGCUUCAUCUGGAUCUGAUAGUACGUCAUCGUCCUCCGAGGAUUCAGAUUCUAGUAAUGAAGACUGAUUCCUAAACUCUGCACUUAAAUUAUGAACUGAUUUUGGAUUCUUUUUCUUUAAUUAUUAAUUGUAAAUAUCCCAGUGUUGAGUGCAUCAAUAACUUACUGACCGAACAUUUCAGUUAUUUGUUUAGAAGUGCAAACUGCUUUCAGAGACAUUUUGCAUGUAAUAUUUCUUAAGAUUCAUAAGUUUCUGAACUCGUAUGUACUAUCAAAUACAUAAAGGUGUAAAAUUACAACAAAAGGCAUUAUAAUUUUGUUGGGGGUUAAUUUUAUGAAAAUUAUGCUCGAUAAGAGUUGUAUAAUAUAUUUGCAGUAAACACAGAAUACUUUAUGCAUAUUACUGAUUUAAUUUGAAUAUAGUUUUACAGCCUCCUUGACACCUAUAAUUUACAGAUCAAAACUCAGCAAUAAUUUGGGCAGCUAAUGAAUGUCAUGAAAGCUGUAGAAUCUACAUCACCAUCCAUUGCUUUAAUUACAUGAAAAUGCUCUAGUGUUGUGAUGCACUGCUGAUGUUUCCAAUUCAGGUACAAGUUUGUUUUAAAGAAGAAAUAAGUUUCCCAAUCAGCCAAUUUAACUGGCUACCUGUUACCUCAGCUGAGUUAGUUUAGGAAGUUUACAUUCGUUUCUAAUUCUAUACUUGUUUUCAGGGGUUUUUUAAACACAUCCUAUAUAUCAUGUUAAUCUGGCAAGAAAUAAUGACUUGCUUUUUGCUGAGCUUAACUUUGGUAUCAGUGAAAGUAAGUCAUAAAAUAAUCCUGUGUCAUGUGACUUUGGCACCCUAUAGACAUACUUAUUUUUAACUUUUCAAAGUUUGGCCUCCUAUUAGAAAUAAUUAUGUCUCUGAUUGAGUAGUGUCUGUUUCCAGGGUUCAGAAAAGGCAAACUGAUGAAUGCCACUGAAAAGAACUUCAACACAGCAUACGUCAUGUAAAAGAAAUCGUUUGUUUGCUUUCUUUGUGUUUUAUGUCAUAGAAUUCUUCCAAAAUUAACAAAUAGUGGUAAAGUAAUAUGCAGAUAUUCUAAAUUCAUUUGAGUUUCUAGGUGUAAGCAGAUUAAAUGUUGCCCAGAAUCAGUGUUGGGUUAUCAGUUUAUAUUAAAUAUGCUGAGUUGCCCAUUUUGAAAAUGCACUUUGAAUAAUCUCAAAAAGAUAAACAAGUUAUACCUAUAAACCACAAAAACGAAGCCAAAGGCUUCUGUUCAAUUUCUUAGAACCCUUUACCCUGUAAAAUUUGUCUGAUAUUUGAUUUCUGAUACAAUUUCUCCUGCUUAAGCUGCUAUUAUUCUGACAAGGUAGAGAUCCAGGUUUACCUUCAUAUAUAUUUAAAACAAUUAGAACUAAAUUGGACUUAAAAAUAUUAUUUACGUUUUAAGGAGAGAUAACUGUCAGCAUUUUUCUGAUACUCAAGUAAGUCAGUGAUAAAGUUUGCAAGGGGAUAAAUUUAGGAGUAAAAGUUAACCCAGUUCUCUCCCACAGAAAAUAUAACUUUCAUUAUAUUUUGAUAGAACUCUGUUGUUUUGUCAUGAAUUAAGCAAUUGCAUUGGGUUUUACCAAGACCUUUACCAGUAAAUUAUGUUUCUGUAUGUAAAAUACUAACCCCAUUAUUAGAAAAACAGUGUUAUAUGUAUUUACAAAAUUUUAUAAGUUCAUAGGGAUUGUAUUGAUUUUUGUAUUUUCCCAAAAUAGUACUUUUAAUUGAUGGUCCUUUAUGCAGUGUCUUAGCAAUAGUCAUUAUAAUGCCCACCCAGAAGUGGGUAGUAACUCUUCAUCAUGAAAAUGAUAUAUUACAUAUUUAGUAUCUUCCCUUUGCAGUAUUGCACUUUUGUUUACUAGAGUACACCUAUGAAAUAGCCAAAGUUUUUCACAGUUAACUUAGUUUGCCAGUGGGGUAUUUCAACACCAUCCAUUCUUUCCUUCCCUCCCUCUAGUUCUACCCACAUAGUCUUUAUUCCUUUCAUUCCCCAAUUUAAAAAAUAAAAAGAAAAGAAAAAAAAAA